CGCAAGUUUUUUUUCUCUUCAAGGGUUUGGUGAGGUAGAGGUGAACGAUUACGUUUUGCGGAACAGAUAGUAGUUGUUUUGCUCUGGUUAGUUUUCUCACUAGGCAUCCACCGCAAGAGACCUUGGCCUGUGGACAUUUGUUAUUUACAAAAGUAUUGGUUCAACAAGUUGCCUUACUAGCGUCCUGGCUUGAUGAGGAUGGCCGAGGAACCUGCGACAAGGCAACCGGAGAUGUCUGACGCUGGCUCGGACGAGGAGCUUCCCGCACCCAUGAUGGAGCAGGGGAGUCACGACGGGAGUAUCAGAAAGGGUUGUGAUCCCUGUUCCCAGACCCAACGCAGUAAGCUGCAGCACCGUAGAGCUCGUAUCAACCAGCAGAUAAACAAGGAGAUGAGGAUGAGGGCCGGGGCUGAGAACCUCUUCAGAGCCACCACUAACAACAAAGUGAAGGAGACUGUGGCUCUAGAGCUGAGCUUUGUCAACUCCAACCUGCAGCUACUGAAGGAAGAACUAGAGGAGCUCAACAGCAGUAUGGAGGUCUACCAGACAGAGAGUGAAGCCAUCAAUGUUCCCAUGAUCCCACUGGGUCUGAAGGAGACCAAGGAAGUGGACCUCACUGUUCCUCUCAAGGAAUAUAUCUGUGAGCACUACAGGGAGGACAGCUCUCUGUUUGAGAAGGAAAUCAAGGAGUUUAUGGAGCUCAGACAGGACAUGCGUACCCCCAGUCGUAACGAGGCAGGUUUGGAGCUCCUGGUAGAGUAUUAUAACCAGCUGUACUAUCUGGACCAGAGGUUCUUCCCCCCACACAGAACACUAGGAGUCCACUUCCACUGGUAUGACUCUCUGACAGGUGUGCCGUCAUGCCAGCGUGCGUUGGCAUUUGAGAAGGGAAGUGUGCUGUUCAAUGUGGGAGCUCUCUACACACAGAUAGGAGCCAGACAGGACCGCUCUGCUGCAGCUGGCAUAGACCGGGCUAUAGACGCCUUCCAGAGAGCUGCAGGUGCAUUUAACUUCCUGAAGGAGAACUUUUCCAACGCUCCCAGUCUGGAUAUGAGCGGCCCGUCGCUAUGCAUGCUGGUCCGGCUGAUGAUCGCCCAAGUACAGGAGUGUGUGUUCGAAAGGGUCACACUCACCACGCAGGACACACACUUCACCUCCCAACUACAAGUGGCUCAAGAGGCUGCACGAGUAUCAGAUGUGUAUAGCUUGGUGCUGCAGACCAUGUCUCAGCCCCUAGUGAAGGACUAUGUCCCAUUCUCCUGGGCCUCCAUGGUUCAGGUGAAAGCAGAACACUUCAGAGCUCUCUCACACUACUAUGCUGCUGUCGCUCUCUGUGACCGCACACAGUCCAUUGAUGAAGAAGAGUGUGAUGAAGAGGGAGAGAAGGCUCUCCUCCAGCUCCAUGUCAGUAUUCCUGCUGGACCCCCACUCAGCCAGGUGCUCAGAGAACCCGAGGAGAGACGCAAACUGGGUAAGGCCCACCUGCGUCGUGCGUUGAUCAGACAUGAGGAAGCUAUGAGAGUACACGGUCUGUGUAAGAUCUUAAGGAAGAUGGAUAUUCUACAAGAGGUGCUCUCCUUCGUGCACAAACGCUCUUUGGACAAAUACUCUGAGAUGGACCGAGAGGACGACUUCGACGAGACAGCAGAGGCUCCCGAGAUACACUCUCAAACCCAGCAGAAGCCUGAUAUAAUUCCACCCAAUUUCUCCACUGUCCAAGUCACUGACAUCUUCCGAAGGCUGGGUCCCUUGUCAGUGUUCUGUGCCCGGGCGCGCUGGGGGCCGGUGCGUUUGGUGUGUCUCCAGCGAGGGGAGGGGGGUCUGGGGCUAACUCUCAGAGGAGACUCUCCUGUUCUGGUGGCUGGAGUCGUGCCGGGGGGAUGUGCUGAGGAGGCAGGUCUGAGAGAGGGGGACUACAUAGUGGCGGUGGAUGGAGAGAACUGUAAGUGGGCUAAACAUGGAGAGGUGGUCCACAGCCUGAAGAGCUGCAGUGACCGAGGAGUGGAGCUCAGCGUCAUCACACUGCACACACACGACACACAGGUGGAGAGGAGGUCAGUGAUGCUCUCCCCAGAGGAGACAAAGAGAACGCUUGCCAACGGCCCAUGGGCGGGGCUAAGGCCCAGAGCUCCGUCUCCUUACUCAACUGGAACAGGAAGAAAACAGGGAAGGGGAGGAGUCACCAAGAGACUGGGCAGCACCUUCAGUCUGCCAUUUGGAAACCUGGGAGACGGUGAAUCCAUGUACUGA